ACCGCACCAGGUACUCAUUUGAGGCCGAGCCGACCUAAGGGAGGCCCAGGACCAGUUCGGAUAAUCGUCACUGGUGUUGGUGGCUGUGAGUGGGACCGAACUCAGGUUGCUGGGUUCGUAGCACCACAGCGUAGCACUAACCGUUGCACGACUGCUCCCCACACACACACACGUACAAAAACAAAGAUCCUCCGUAUAGUCUAAACAGACUGUAGGAGCAAGUGCUCUUCACGAGCACAAAAUACGUACACACACACACGUACACGCACACCCGGAAUCCCCGCGCUACCGCAGCCAUGCCAUCCCGCGCCCCUCCCCCGGACACCGUGCGAAACAACCUCCGCACGGCACCGUCUCCCCCACCGUCUCCCCCGCGCGCCAUCUCCGACUUCCGCUACUUGGAUAUCGCCACCAGCGCCGACCCUCUGCCUCCACCUCCACUGCCUCUGCAGCCGCCCGUGGGCGACGUCUUCAGCUGCUCCUCCGAGCCGGCGCCAGCGCCAUCACUGCCCGACAUCAAACCGGUUCACCGCUUCAUCCCCGACUCGGUCAAAACGUUCUUCAGCCGGCGCGGUCGCUCGCAGGGCAAUCGGGGUCACCACGAUGACGAUGCCGCCACUGACGAUGGUUCGAGGUCGCUGGCGCCAGUGCUCGCUUCCUCCUCCGACUACUACCCCAGCAAACGUGUUGGCGGUGGCGGCGACAUGGCCGACGACGACAGGUGGCGCGUCGGCGGUGCCAGCGGCGGCGGGGUCGACGGCGUCGGCAUUGGCGGCGCCAGCAGCAGCAGCGGGAAGGCCUCUGGGUUCAGCUACGGCACCCGGCGGGAGAAAGAAGGGCUGCUGCCCGACGGCGCCCGCUACGACGGCAUCUGGGAGGGGCCCUCGCUGUCCGCGAUCCCCACGAGCACGUUCCAGACGUACAGCCAGCGCGAGGAGGAGUACCGCGUGCGCUACUCCUACAUGAAGUCGUGGCCGGGCCUCCUGCGCCUGCUGGGGGCAGUGCAGCUGCUGCUGGGCGCCAUUGUGUUCGCCUGCGUCUGCGCCUACAUCUACAAGGACAAUGAGUGGUACAACUUCUACGGCUACGGGCGCCCCUCGGGCUCGCUCGGCAUCGCCGGCGGGGCGGGCUCCUACUACGGCAACUACAACUACGACGGCCCGAAGACGCCUUUCGUGCUGGUGGUGGCCGGCCUGGCCUGGCUGGUGACCGUCAUCCUGCUGGGCGUGGGCAUGACCAUGUACUAUCGGGCCGUCCUGCUCGACGCGGACUGGUGGCCGGUGACAGAGGCGGCAAUUAACGGGGCGCUGUUCCUGCUGUACCUGUCGGCUGCAAUUGUGUACGUGAACGACCUGAACCGGGGCGGGUUGUGCUCCUUCCAGUCGUACAACAACCCGUUGAGCGGGGUGUUCUGCAGGCAGGAGGGCGGACAGGUUGGGGCCACCAUCUUCCUGUUCUGCAACACCAUCGCCUACCUGGCGAGCACGGCCGUCGGGCUCAAGAUGUGGCGACACGAGAACGCUCGCAAGAGGCGGGAGCGGGCGGGCGUGGAGGAUUCGGAGAUGCACAGCUACGACGCUCGGCCAGACAAUCGCAGCGACCGCAUCAACAGGGGUGGGGCUGUGGAGUUGGACCACAGCCCAGCUCCCAAACGGAGGCCUGAGAUCCGGAAUGGUCACAUCCCAUCGGGGCACAUCCCCAAGCCUCUGGUGGUGCCGGACUACGUCGCGAAGUACCCUCCAAUCGGCUCUGACGAGGAGCGCGACCGCUACAAGGCGGUGUUCACCGACCAGUACGCCGAGUACCGGGAGCUGAGCGCCGAGCUGCAUGCCGUGGCGCGCCGCUUCACCCAGCUGGAGGGGCUCAUCAAGCGGCUGCCCACGGAGUCGCACAGCCAGCAGGAGAUGGAGCGAGUGGCGAACGUAUUCCAGGAGUACGAGAAGAAAAAGAAUGACCCAGCGUUCCUGGAGAAGAAGGAGCGGUGCGAGUACCUCAAGGCCAAGCUGGCCCACAUCAAGCAGCGCAUCCAGGAGUACGACAAGGUCAUGACCUGGAGGGACGACCUCUGAUGGGGAGUCGCGAGGCUCCGGGACCCAGCUUGGCACCGGCGUAGCGAGUAGCCGACACGGUCAUGUACAGUGACACACUGGAAACAGCACGCACAUGCACUGGAUGCAGCACACACACAGCCAACCCAACCAGUAAAACCAAUACAACCUACAUAGCCACGUACCGCAAUACCCAACCAGCCAACACAACCAGUAUAGUUAAUAUAACCUAGUGCGCACGGAUUGCGUAGCCGCGCUCACAGUUAACGCAGCACACAGGCAAUGUUACUCAACUGGCAACAAAUUGCACCGCGCACACACACACACACAGAGUACACUCGGUAGACAGCAACAUGGCGGCACAUGCAGAGCUGCAGAGAGACCAGCAGAUGGCAGUGCUGCGCAGGGAUUGCAAUGGCUCAAGAGCGUCACUUAAAAGUUUCAUAGAGCACAGGUUAACUCCGGUUUCCCUCUCACAAGGCAACAACCGAGCUCGUUACGAUUAAUGGAUUGACAGACUAAUUCUCAAUGCUUGGCGGCGAAUGCAUCGAAUUACGAGUUGGCUAAUCUAUUCUUGACGAUGCCGCAGGUAGCUUUAGCGGUUGAACGAGAGGAGAGGUGGAGGAGGGGGGGGGGGGGCGCCUGUUGGAAGGGACUCGGCGGAGUGCGUGAACCCAGGGUGGCACGGUGAAAGUGAUGAAAUGAAUGGGGCAGGGUCGAGUGUAUUUUUUUUCCCAAAAGUAUUGUAUUAACAAGAUGAUUCCUGUUCACACAGACGAUUGUGGAGUGUUUUUUUUGGGAAAAACUGGAAGUCGCGAAUGAAAAGCAAUGCGGCCAAUCUUUGCCCUCUUGAGAAAAGGUUGGUGCCCCCCCCCACUCCCCCUAGAGAUGCACGUAGCACAGGACGCACAAUAGGGGACAAGCGGCUGGGGGAAAAGCACGCAGAGUGAGGUGCACGGUGGCUGCUGUUUGAGAGACGACGGGGAGAAUGGGUGGACCGUUGAGAGAGGGUGGUGUGGCAGGGCAGGGCGGGGAAUGGCAGUGUAAAUAACAUCAACAACAACAAAAGUAGCACAGCAAACGUUCCGGUUAAUAAAAUAUGCCGGGUCUCUGAGAGCUGCACUCACGGUUCGCCAAAGUUUUCCAAGCACAUACAAACUUUCAAGAGAGAAUCUUAAGCCUACAUAUUUGUUAAACUGUGAUAUAAGAAAUGAUACACUGUUUUCGCAUCAGGUACUCAGCAGGUAGUUGUACAGAGCAUUCUAAGUUGAUUGUAAAGAAAGCAGUGGGGCAGCUUAGAGUAAAGUAGUACUGUACUGUACAUACAGACUGGCAGGGUCCUGAAGCUCCCGUUGGCAACAAGGACGGAUCUACGAGAAGCGCACGGCAAGAUGCCGGAUGGCUGCCGGAAAUUUUUUUCCAGAUGCGGCGAAGGAAGAUUUGUCUUGCCGUUUCUGUGGGAACCGAUGCCGGUUAAUAGAAACAUUCCAGAUAGUAAAAGUGCCGGAUAAACAGAAGCUUUUGCGAUAAUAAUAAUACACUUGUUAUCUCGGCAAACCUCACCCAGUCUCAAGAUUGCUAUGCGGGGAAGGAUGCUGCUGCCGCUGCGUCAGGAUGUUCGGCAUGUGAAUUCCAUUGGCGUUUGAGAGGUUGGCUUCGAGUGGGAGUAAUACGUGGAGAAAUUUCCCUGAGAAAUUCGCGGACGAAUUCCCUGGAUAAAUUCCUGAAGAAAUACAGGGAGAAAUUCCUGAAGAAAUACCAGGAUAAAUUUCCGUGGGUGCUGGUGCUUUCCCGGGCGAGGCUACUGUGCGUGUGAUCGAGAAUCUGUGUGGUGUUUUAUAUAUAUAGCUGAAGACUUUUUUUUAACAUAAACACGUUAUUAGCCUCAAUUCUUGCACAUGUUACGCGGGGUGGUGGCGGAAGGGGUGAGUACGUACACCACUUUGCGUUGCUUUGUGUCUGCUGUAGCCCUUGCUGGGUGUACGAUGAUGGGUCGGGACGCUGCACUUGAGCGUUGGUGGAGUGGCUCACCAUAGCCACGAGUCGGAGCCAGCGGUCCCUGGCAUCUCCGGAAAUGCCGUUUCAAUCCCACUUUCCCGCGCUGCCAAUUGAUGGACGGGACAUGUUUGAUUCACAAUCGCGCGUACGUUGCGCUGGGGUUCAACCCGAACAGCCGGGGCCACUCGAGGCGCCGCCAUCCGCUGCUGCGUUGUUACCACCAACACGGCAACAGCAACUCUUGAAGUGUGACAAUUCAUGUUGUCAGGUCGAGUUCAGGGGGGAGCGAAUCAUUCCAAUUCCAGUGACUUGCAUAUCUUACUUCUUAAGCACUACAUUCCAUAAUGUACCAUCAGGAAGAGCAGGUGGUGAUGGGUGGGACACGUGCAGGAUGGACGACUGUACUGAUGACGCAGUCUGUAGGCACUGCGGGACGGAUUUCUUCGUCGAAUGUUUGGUAAUUUCUUAAAUAAAGAGAACUACAAGACCCCCA